AUGCGGAUACUUGUGCUGUUCAUUGCCAUCGUCGCCGUAGCCACUGGAGCUCUUCGUCAGAAGCGACAGUUCAUUCCACUCACCGGCAGAGCUCUGUUCCCAAGAAGCCAGUGGGCUCGCUACAACAAAUAUCAUAACAUAUAUGAUAACUAUUUCUACGGCGUAAGAAUACAGAAUAAUGGAAUAUACUCGCGAAACACAUUCACUAUUGCCUCAGUCAACUCACCGCUUCACACCCAUUACAUUUUCGUGGAAACUGAAGUUAUAAAUCAUAAAUACAGAUAUACAACUUGA